UAGAAAUAUUGAUUGCUUCAAAAUGAAUUGAAAGAAUGAAUAAUAUAAAUAAUAAUCUGUGAAAAGUUGCAGUGAGAUCAGUUUUCAGUGGAGAAUCCCCUUCUCCAGGAGCAGAUGUCCCUAAAAUACUAUUUUUUUAAAAAUUUAAACAUGUUGACUCUCUGUUAUUUUCUCCAAGAGCUUAACUCAUCGUGGGAGAUUACCUAGUUAACAAUAAUUACAAAGUUUUCUUGAGAAAUCUUGAGAAAAUAGACAAAUAAGGAGGAUUUCCCACUGCACGUGUAAUAUGAUUGGUUGUUUGGUACGGUUGAUAUCAGUAUAAGUCGACGCCGUCGUAACACGAGAUGCAAAGUCGUUAUUGACUUCUGUCGUGAGAUAUUGAGCUAGAGAAAUAAAAUCUUGAUAAAUUUUGCCAAAUAAUUUUUGGCAAAAUUUAUCAAGUUCUCAAGUUAUACAUAUUCCUUUGAAAUAUCAACAUGACAACCGCAUUACGAAAUGGGGCCGUCUCUAGGAAAAGGCAUACUGGAAUACCUCCUCGCAAGAAGGCGAAAAAGGGGCGAUUUCCUCGAUUCGUCCUAUUACUUGAUGAUACUUCCAAGAAAUCGAAAAGAAACUCGCAGAAAUGUAAUGCAGAAGAGCAAGAUUCUGCACCGCUUGCGUGUAGCAUCUGCUUCGACGAACCGGAAAAAGUUUGUGAAGCACUGGGUUUGAGAAGUGACUUUCUGAAUGGAGUGCAGUCAUUGCCUCAAGACAUAUUCAAUCACAGAGGCCUUAAAGGCUUCGUUAAUAUCUACAUCGAAAACGAAUAUUUCGAAAUCGAGGAACAAUCCCUGAAAGUGAAGUUAAGCGAAGAGCAAUUAAAACAAGUUGGUUUUACCGAUUCCAGUGUAAUAAACACCAUGAUGACACGAUCAAAGACGAUGAGGCAGCAUCUUGAUCCUAUUGACUUCAUCAAACGUUUCGUAAAAGACGAAUUCAAGUACAACCCUCUUUUGCGCGCCCCAGAAGAUGAGGCCUCCAUUCCCAAAGGCACAGGCGUUUUUCAUUUUGCUGACUACAGCAAUGACGAGCAAAACGAGUACUGUGAAGUUGUUCGUUUAUUUCAUGGUACAGAUCUUCACAGUGCUGUAGACAUUAUGAAAAAUGGUAUCAAGCUCGAUUUUGGCAGGCACAAGCACGACUUCAGCGAUGGUGGCGGGUUCUAUCUAACCACUCAGUUUGAUCAURCUAAAGCCUGGGCUYKCUGCCAGUCAAGAAAACCCGUGGUGUUAGAACUGAAGAUCCCCAAAACCUGCCUUGAAGAAGCACAUACUCUGAAGCUGGAUGUUUAUAACAAGAAAGGGAGAUCGGAGUGGGACCGAGUAGUAGAGGAGCAAAGAUCAGGAAGACCAAGCAAGAAACUACGACAAGAAUUGAAAGAGUAUGACUGCAUCACGGGGCCGAUUUCAGUGGCUCAACAGUCUGACGGCAAAACAAUUCGUAUACAUGUACCAGAGCCUGGUUCUCAUCAACUUUGCGUCAUCAAGCGAAGCUUCGCAGAANCGUGGGAGAUUACCUAG